CCGCGAGACAACAAGAUGGCGGUGUCGCGGGACAGCUCGCUGCCCCUGCGGAGUUCCUGACAGCAUCCUAACUAGAACUAUGAGCUCACCUCUGGCUUCCCUUAGCAAGACCAGAAAAGUGCCCCUGCAGUCGGAGCCUGUGAAUUCUGGGAGUCGAGGAAUAAAAAUCUACAGAGACGAAGAUGAGGUGGACAUGCUGAAUGAAGGAAAUGGCUCAGAAGAAAAGAUCGCUGUCCCUUCCUGCUAUGGUGGCAUCGGUGCCCCUGUGGGUAGGCAAGCCUCUGUAUUCCAUGACUCAGAGCCAAUGACCUCCAUGGCGAGGAAGCUGCGGGAACUGGAGCAGCAGGUGCAGGUCCAGAACGAUGAGAUUCUGUCCAAGGACCAGAAGAUCCUGGCCCUGGAGGAUUUGGUGAAGACCCUCCAGCAGCAGCAGGGUGGCAACAUGACCCUUCAGAGGCAAGAGGAGCUGGAGACACUAUGCGUCCAGCUGCAGCGGCAGGUCGAUGAGAUGGAGAGGUUCCUUAGUGAUUAUGGACUGCAGUGGGUGGGUGAGCCCAUGGACCAGGAGGACUCGGAGGAAAAGACAGUCUCAGAGGAUGAUGAUCGGAACUGGAUGAAGGCCAAGAAGUUCUGGAAGUCAGGGGAUUCAGUCGUGCCUCCUGAGGUGGACUUUGACAGGCUGCUGGCCAGCCUGCAGGAUCUCAGUGAGCUGGUGGUAGAGGGUGAGGCCCAAGUGACACCAAUGCCCGGUGGGGCGCAGCUCCGUACCCUGGAGCCCAUCCCACUGAAGCUCUACAGGAAUGGCAUCAUGAUGUUCGAUGGGCCCUUCCGGCCUUUCUAUGACCCCUCCACACAGCGCUGCCUCCGGGACAUACUAGAUGGCUUCUUCCCCACAGAGCUCCAGCGAUUAUACCCUGAUGGAGUCCCCUUUAAGGUAAGCGACCUGCGAAAUCGGGUCUACCCGGAGGAUGAGCUGGGCCCAUUCCCAGGUGAGGGUCGUGUGGUGGGCUGGCAGAAAAUUCGCGAGGUCUCAGACAGGGUGGAGGACCCUUCAGGCUCCAGGAUGACUGCUGAGAAAUUUCUGAACAAGCUUCCCAAGUGUAUAAUCCGACAAGGCGAGGUGAUUGACAUCCGGGGUCCCAUUAGGGACACCUUGCAGAACUGCUGCUGCCCAAUGCCUGCCCGGAUCCAGGAGAUCGUAGUGGAGACACCUGCCUUGGCUUCUGAGCGGCAGAGGAGCCAGGAGUCACCCAGCACACCAGUGCCUUGGCUCUCCAUGCUGCGUAUCAAAUCUGAGAAUGGGGAGCAGGCCUUCCAACUGAUGAUGCGGCCGGAGGACACUGUGGGCGAUGUGCGCAUCCUCUUAGCACAGGCCAGGAACAUGGACUCGGCCACCUUUGAGAUCUGCAGCACCUUCCCACCCAUGGUCUACCAGGAUGAUGCGCUCACACUGCAGGCUGCAGGCCUGGUGCCCAAUGCAACACUGUUGUUGCGGUCUCGACGGGCUCUGCUGUCCAACCCCAGCUUUGGUACUGGCUCUGGCCCGCACCCUGGCCCAGGCCUGGGUUGAUGGCCCUGAAUAAAGUGCUGU